GGCUGAGCAGCGCAAGCCACACGAGCGGCACUCCCAAGUAGCAGAGUCAGGAUUUGAACCCAGGGCUCUGACGGGGCACUGACAGAGCCCAUCCCACCAGGUUGCUGAGAGGUCUGGAGGGGCUGGGGCAGGCCCGGGGCACCCACCGUGUGCAGGGGUCUGUGAAAGGAGGGAGCUCGGCAGGGAAAGAGGAAGGCGGCCUGCGGGCUGGCUUCUGUAAUGUCCUCGUGUGUCUGGAGCAGCAAAAUGGAGGCCAACACCACGUCCAGUGCCUGGCUCACGGCCACAGCCGAGCGACCGCUCCGACUCGUCUUUGUGGGGGUCUGUGGCCUCAUCCUGCUGGUGGGGUUGCUGGCCAAUGGGCUGAUGCUGCUGGUGGUGGGCCGGGGCCCGGGUGCCCCCUGCCCGCUCCUCUCCUUGACCAACAGCCUCAUGGUGAACAUCACGCUGUCCGACCUGCUCUUCCUGGCCUGUGUGGUGCCGGUGCUCCUGCUGAGCUUCCUGCAGCAGGACUGGUGGCUGGGCCCCACCGUCUGCACCACCAGCCAGGCCGUCAACAGCGCCACCAUGUUCUGCACCUUCUACAGCAUGGUGGCCACGGCGCUCCUGCGCCACGUGGCCGUGGCCCGGCCUGACCUGGCCCUCCCGUCCGGCCCGGGUGUCCGCCGGCUGCUCUGUGGGGCCAUGUGGGCCCUGGGCCUCACGGCCUCGCUGCCCACCUGGCUGUUCCAGCGAGCGGUCGUGGAGGAGGGGGCCCGGGCCUGCCUCUUGCUUCUGAACCCUGCUCAGACCUCCUGCUACUUCACGCUCCUGGGAGCCCUGGCCUUCCUGCCUUGCGUGCUGGGGCUGGGCUGCUCUUUCGGCCACGUGGGCUGGCUCCUGUGGACGCAGCCCCGGGGCCCCGUGGGGGAGAGCGCCCGGGAGCACCGGGAGAACACCGGGCUCAUCCUCGUGGUGCUGGUGGUCUUUGUGCUGAUGUGGGGGCCCUGCUCCGUGCUGGGCUACGUGGCGGCUGUGGGUGACCUGCCUGCCACGCCCAUGGCUUACGUGGCCUCCAGCCUCUGUACUCUCCUGGCCUACUCCAAUUGCGCUGUCAGCCCCCUCCUCUGCUUCUACCUCUCUCGCCCCUUCCGGGCCAGGCUCGGGGACCUCUUUCGCAGGCCGCUGGCAGCCAGGCAUCCCAGGGCUGCUGGCGGAGCUGGUGUGGUGAUGGAGAGUGUCCAGCCUGGAUGUGAUGGGGCCCCGGGAAGCCCCUGGGGCCUGGUGGGGGUCUGAGAGGUUAGGCUGAUGGGAAGGCUGAAAUUCAAUAGAGAUGGGAAGACCCCUAGCAACAUUAGAUCCCAUCCCCUCCAAUUUACCAGUGGGGAGACGAAGAUCCAGAGAUGGGAGGCAGCCCAGCAAAGGUGAUGCAGCAGUUAAAUAGCAACUAGAUCAUGGCACCUGUUUUACCUUGGGGCUCAGAUGGAUACCUAUGGGCUCCAGGGCUUUCUAGGUGUAUAACCUGAAAAGUCCCUUAACCUCUCUAUGCCUCAGUUUUCUCGUCUGGAAAGUAGAAUUCUGAUAGUACCCUUUUCACAGGUUGUUAUGAAGAUAAACUUCCCGAAUAUACAGUGCUUAAAAGAAUGCCUGGUGCUUAGUAAAUGAGUAUUGGUCAUUACUAUUAUUAGUAUAAUCUCAUUUUUGUUAAUUCAGGGGCAUUUGAAAUGAGAGUGGGAAAGGGACUUCUAAAGGCUGAGAAGUGAGUAGCAGAAUGAUCUGAGGGCUGAUAACCUGGGGUCCUCAAUCCUGAAGGCCUGGAGAUUGAAUGGGCAGACUGAAUAGGGGCUCGUAGUCUGGGGAGGGGGGCCCUUCAAUCUCCUCUCCCUUCUCUGCCUGCCCUCCCCCAGCUCUGCCACACACACACUUCUCAGCACAAUAUAAGAACCCCAUGAAGUAAAGUCAAAGUGGAGCCAUGGGUCUGUGAAUUCCUGAACACCCUCUUUUCUUCUCUGUGGUUUCUCUUCCUGAUGAGGGACACCUUUUGGGGCCUCUUCCUUCUCUCCAGAACCAAAUGGCUUCACCUCUGCCACUCCAUCCCCUCUGAGAAGUUCCCCAACUCCAUGCCCUCCUUCAGGCUUCCUGGGGGAAAGCCUCAGGCUUUUGUGUUGGCCUGGGAACCAGGGAGAUGUGUCUCUACUGAAAUUCCCAAGACAGCAUGUUCUGCUUGGUGACGGUAUUACAGCUAAAUACACACACACACACACACACACACACACACACACGCACACACACACAUACACACGCACACACACCAUGGUCAAAAAGCUCAAGAAAUAUAGUCUCUUUGCCAUAAGACUAAUCAGAGCCUCAAACACCCUGACAGCCCCUGGGACUCUCUAAGAGGGGCUUGGAGCCAGCAGCUUCCCAAAACCCCUGCCAGGGAACCAGUGUUCCGUGGAACACAUUGUUGGAAAAGAACCCAGGAGAGAAGCUACUGUCUAUAGCACAGUGAAGACGCUCUUGGCGCCCUGGGGCAGCGGCUCUGAGCCUCAAUUCCCCUGCCAGGCGGCGGUCUUCUCCUCCCAACCCUUUCCCAUGGGUGCCCAAGGUGAGGGAAAUCAGGCCACUGGUUAUGGGAACUUCCUUCUUCUCUAGCCGUGACCCAACCCGGUUCCCACUCAAAGCGCAUCGGAAUGCAAGUCAGAGGGGCAUCUAAUUAUAAGGAUAGUGGUGAAUCAGCUCUAAUUUACUAUAAAAUCGUCAGAAGCAAGCACGUCCCAAACUUUGGUGUAAUUAGUACCAGUGUCUUGUGAUGUGCAGGUUGGGAAUGGCCGCCUGGAGGGCUAAUCCAAGAGCAAACUCUCCCAGAGAAAGGAGAGAUCCCUUUUCCCUGUGAUCCUGGGCCCUCAUGGCCACAGGAGGCCAUGUGUGGCCACAGGAGGCUUCAUAUGUGAACAGUGAUGAGGAGGAAGGUGGUGUUUAUUGCACACUGAGCGCAGCAGGUCCUGUGCAUGUCACACGCUUCAUAUGUGCACAGCUGCAUGUUAUUCUGGCCCUAUGACAGUCCUCCUGCAAGGGAGGAGAGAUGGCCCUGUCACACAGGUGCGGCAACUCAUCCUGGACACAUGAUCUGUGCGUUGUCUAGGCCGGGGGUCCCUAACCCCCGGGCCACAGACUGGUACUGAUCCGUGGCCUGUUAGGAACAGGGCUGCAGAGCUGGAGGUUAGCAGUGGGUGAGCAAACAAAGCUUCAUCUGUAUUUACAGCCACGCCCUAUCGCUCACAUUACCCCUUGAGCUUGGCUUCCCGUCAGAUCAGCGGUGGCAUAAUGAAUGUAAUGCGCUUGAAUUAUCCUGAAACCAUCUCCACAGCCCUAUGGAAAAACUGUCUUCCAGGAAACCAGUCCCUGGUGCCCAAAAGGUUGGGGACCAGUGGUCUAGGCUGUCCCAAGAGUCCCCCUUUGGUACCCACGGAUUCUGGCCCUUCCCCCUGGUUCCAUCUUGAUACCCUAGGGUGGUAGUAUUUAUUGCUUAUUUCUCCAGAGCAGGGGUUAGAGGCCUGUGAAGGGUGCGACUGUGUGUGAGCAGGGUCUCCAAACCUGAGCAGGGCCUGGCACUAAUGCUCACUCAACACUUGCUGAGAGAUGAGUGAGCAAAUGCAAUGAAGUCACUCACAGAAUAAUCUGAUCCUGUUGCUCACCUCUCUCACCUCCUUAGUGGCUCCCUGAUUGACUCAGAGUAACACUGAAGACCUUACUGUGACCCACAAGGCCCUGCACAUUCCAGAUUCUCCACCCCCAAGCCCAUCUCCUGCACUGUCCCCUCCUUGCUGCUUUUGGCUGCCCCCUGUGGAAUGCAGGAUCUUGGUUCCCUGACCAGAGAUUGAACCUGUGCCCCCUGCGAUGGAAGUGUGGAGUCUUAACCACUGGAGCACCAAGGAAAUGCCUCCUCUUCCCUCCUUAAUGCAGGUUCAACCCACUGGCUUCCUGCUGUCCUUCAAACACACCCCAGGGCCUUCUAUGUGCUGCUCCUGCUCCUUGAAGCCCUCUUGCCUCAGAGACCAGUAUGCCUCUCUCUCUCCUUUGCUUAGGGUUCAUCUAACUGUCAUCUCCUCGGAGAGGCCCCCUCCCCAACCACCUCAUUUAAAAUGUCACCCUGUCCCUCUCUAUCCUCUUAUUCUCCUUUGUGACACUUACCACCACUGGAAAUCGUUAUUUACCUAUUCGUUUAUGCGCUUGCUGUGUUUCCCCUGUCCUGUCGCGUGCCUGCUGUAAGCUCAACACGGAGACGGGGCCCCCAUGUUUCGUUUACUGCUGCAUCCGCAGUGCCUAGCACGGACCCCGGCACAUAGCUGUUCAGCACAUUUUUGUUGAAUAAAAGAGGGGAAAGAAG